AUGGAGCCCCGGCGCCGGGAGCUGCUCGCCCGGUGUCAGCAGAGCCUGGCCCAGUCCAUGACGGAGGUGGAGGCCGUGCUCGGGUUGCUGGAGGCCGCGGGCGCGCUCAGCCCCGGCGAGCGGCGACGGCUGGACGAGGAGGCGGGAGGCGCCAAGGCGGAGCUGCUGCUCCAGCUGCUGCUGGCCAAGGAGCGGGACCACUUCCAGGACCUGCGGGCGGCGCUGGAGAAGACGCAGCCUCACCUGCUGCCGCUUCUCUACCUGAACGGCGUCGUGGGGCCGCCGCAGUCCGCUGAGGGCGCCGGCUCCACCUACAGCGUCUUGUCCAUCAUGCCCUCGGACUCUGAGAGCAGCGGCUCCCUCAGCAGUGUGGGGACCACCGGGAAGGCUCCGUCCCCACCGCCCCUCCUCACCGAACGGCAGGUCACUGAGAAGGUGGAGAGCCUUUCCAUGCAGCUGCGGAUGAUGACUCAGGAGAGGAACGAGCUGCGGAAGCGCCUGGCCUUUGCAGCACAUGGGACGACCUUUGACAAAAGGCCCUACCACAGGCUGAAUCCUGACUACGAGAGGCUGAAGAUCCAGUGUGUUCGGGCCAUGUCAGACCUGCAGAGCCUCCAGAACCAGCAUACCAAUGCUCUGAAGAGAUGUGAGGAGGUGGCCAAGGAGACCGACUUCUACCACUCACUCCACAGCCGGCUCCUGAGCGACCAGACCCAGCUGAAGGAUGAUGUGGACAUGCUGAGGCGGGAGAACGGGCAGCUCCUGCGGGAACGAAACUUGCUGCAGCAAUCAUGGGAGGACAUGAAGCGGCUCCACGAGGAGGACCAGAAGGAAAUUGGUGACCUCCGGGCCCAGCAACAGCAGGUGUUGAAGCACAACGGGUCUUCAGAAAUACUCAACAAGCUGUACGACACGGCCAUGGACAAGCUGGAGGUGGUCAAGAAGGACUAUGAUGCCCUGCGGAAGCGGUACAGUGAGAAAGUUGCCAUCCACAACUCGGACCUGAGCCGCCUGGAGCAGCUGGAGGACGAGAACCAGCGCCUGCUGAAGCAGGCAGAGAUGCUGACCCAGCAGAGGGACACGGCCAUUCAGCUGCAGCACCAGUGUGCCCUGUCCCUGCGGAGGUUCGAGGCCAUCCACCACGAGCUGAACAAGGCCACGACCCAGAACAAGGACCUGCAGUGGGAGAUGGAGUUGCUGCAGUCGGAGCUGACGGAGCUGAGGAGCACACAGGCCAAGACGGCCAAGGAGUCGGAGAAGUACAAGGAGGAGCGGGAUGCCGUGUACAGCGAGUACAAGCUCAUCAUGAGCGAGCGGGACCAGGUCAUUUCUGAGCUGGACAAGCUGCAGACCGAGGUGGAGCUGGCCGAGUCCAAACUCAAGAGCAGCACGUCUGAGAAGAAAGCGGCCAGCGAGGAGAUGGAGGCUCUGCGGCAGAUCAAGGACACAGUGACAAUGGACGCCGGGAGAGCCAACAAAGAGGUGGAAAUCCUCCGAAAGCAGUGCAAGGCUCUGUGCCAGGAGCUGAAGGAAGCCCUCCAGGAGGCAGACGUGGCCAAGUGCCGGCGGGACUGGGCCUUCCAGGAGCGGGACAAGAUCGUGGCAGAGCGUGACAGCAUCCGGACGCUGUGUGACAACCUGCGCCGGGAGCGGGACCGGGCCGUGAGUGAGCUGGCCGAGGCCCUGCGCAGCCUGGAUGACACUCGCAAGCAGAAGAAUGACAUCAGCCGGGAGCUUAAGGAACUCAAGGAACAGAUGGAGUCCCAGUUGGGCAAGGAGGCCCGCUUCCGGCAGCUGCUGGCCCAUAGCUCCCAUGACUCGGCCAUCGAUACAGACUCCAUGGAGUGGGAAACAGAAGUUGUGGAGUUUGAAAGGGAGACGGAGGACAUUGACCUGAAGGCACUUGGAUUCGAUAUGGCAGAAGGUGUGAAUGAGCCCUGUUUCCCAGGGGACUGUGGCAUCUUUGUCACGAAAGUGGACAAAGGAAGCAUUGCUGAUGGUCGAUUAAGGGUCAAUGACUGGCUGCUGAGGAUCAAUGACGUGGACCUCAUCAACAAGGACAAGAAGCAGGCCAUCAAGGCGCUCCUGCACGGGGAGGGGGCCAUCAACAUGGUCGUGCGGCGGCGGAAGUCGCUGGGCAGCAAGGUGGUCACCCCGCUGCACAUCAACCUGAGUGGACAGAAAGACAGUGGCAUCAGCCUGGAGAACGGAGUGUAUGCCGCUGCCGUGGUGCCUGGGAGUCCGGCUGCCAAGGAAGGUUCCCUAUCGGUGGGUGACAGGAUUGUUGCGAUCAAUGGCAUUGCCUUGGACAACAAGUCUCUGAAUGAGUGCGAAUCUCUGCUGCGGAGCUGCGAAGACUCCCUGACCCUCUCCCUGCUGAAGGUGUUUCCUCAGAGCGCCUCCUGGAGUGGCCAGAACAUCUUUGAGAACCUCAAGGACUCGGAGAAGGUGUUGGGUUUUCGUACCCAGGCCCCAGAGGUCCAGGCUCACAAUAAACGGAACUUGAUGCAGCACAAUAACUCCACACAGACGGACAUCUUCUACCUGGACAGGCUGGAGGACAGGAAGGAGACAGCCCCUUCAGGGGACAGUGGCUCCUUCCUACACAGGCCCUUCCCUGGACGGCCCUUUCAGGCCUCCCCGCCAGGCUGUCCCAGCGCCUCUGAGCGCAGCCUGAGUCCCUUCCGCUCGGACCUGUCUGCAGAGCAUGACUUGGGGCUGGUGGAGGGGCGCAGAAGGCAGCCCUUGCUGCCCUUUGAGACUGAGGUGGGCUCCUGUGGGGCAGCAGAGACGCCCCUGGACAAGGUGGAGCCUGGGAGCCCCAACAGUGGUGGGACCUGGCCCAAGGCUGUGCUCGGCUCCACAGCAGAGCCCGAGAAGCUCUCGGUUUACAAGAAGCCAAAGCAAAGAAAAUCCAUCUUUGACCCUAACACUUUCAAACGGCCCCAGACGCCCCCCAAAAUAGACUCCCUGCUUUUGGGCCCAGGGCCCACUCCCUCCCCCCAGGCCUCUAAGAGAAUGGGGCCUCUGACACCCCCAAAGCCUCCUAGGAGGAGUGACUCUAUCAAGUUCCAGCACAGACUGGAGACCAGUUCUGAGUCCGAGGCUACACUGGUGGGCAGUUCCCCCUCCACCAGUCCCCCAAUGGCCUUGCCCCCUAGCCUGGACCCUGGGGAGCCCCCACAUACCUCACCGCCUCGCAAGACUAGAGUCCGCAUUGCUUCCACUUACUACCCUGAAGGGGAUGGGGACAGUGCCUAUCUGCUGGCCAAGAAGCCCUGUGAUGAGGACCUCAGCACCCAAAAAGUGGAUGAGCUGGGGCAGAAGCGCCGCCGACCCAAGUCUGCCCCUGGGUUCCGGCCCAGACUGGCAUCGGCGGCUCCUCCAGCUCAGUGUCCAGAGGAGCAGAAGUGUGUCCCAGCUGGUGGGGAGCUGUCCCCAGAGCUCCAGGAGUGGCCACCUUACUCACCAGUGCAUUCCACUCGCCAUGGCACCCCAAGGCCCUAUCCCGGCAGGGUGUCAGUGGGCACAGUCCCCCGGAGCUUGGCCCCAGGCACAGCUGUUAGCUCCAUUCUGAGGAACCCUGUCUACACUGUGCGGAGCCACAAGGUUGGCCUCUCCCCACCCAUCCACAGAGACGGGGCCACCCAGGAGUCACAUCCCAGCGUCCAGCAUCAAGUGCGCCUGAGCCUGGACCUGAGCCAGCGAUCCUUUGGUGACUGCCCUGAGAGGAGAGCCUCCCAUGGGUCCAAUUCCCUGCCCUCCAGCGCCCGCCUUGGGUCUUCGAGUAACCUGCAGUUUAAGGCGGAACGUAUUAAAAUCCCGUCAACGCCACGAUACCCCCGCUCUGUCAUGGGCUCUGACAGAGGUUCCUUGUCACACUCGGAAUGCAGUACGCCUCCUCAGUCGCCCCUGAGCAUUGACACCUUGUCCUCUUGUAGCCAGUCCCAGACCUCAGCCUCCACCUUGCCUAGAAUUGCUGUCAACCCCGCGUCCCUUGGGGAGCAGAGAAAGGACCGGCCUUAUGUGGAGGAGCCGCGCCACGUGAAGGUGCAGAAGGGCUCUGAGCCCCUGGGGAUCUCCAUUGUGAGUGGGGAGAAGGGCGGCAUCUACGUCUCCAAGGUGACAAGUGGAAGCAUCGCUCACCAGGCUGGCCUUGAAUACGGAGAUCAGCUGCUUGAGUUCAAUGGCAUCAACCUGCGGAGCGCCACGGAGCAGCAAGCCCGGCUCAUCAUCGGUCAGCAGUGUGACACCAUCACCAUCCUGGCCCAGUACAAUCCACACAUGCACCAGCUCAGCAGCCACUCCCGCUCCAGUUCCCACCUGGAGCCUGCUAGCAACUACUCCACCCUGCCAGGCAGCGGAGCCACCACCCCGGAGCAGACCUCUGUCAUCGACCCGCUGAUGGAGCAGGACGAGGGCCCAGGGACCCCUCCGGCCAAGCAGAGCACGUCUAGCUCCAGGGUUGGGGGCGAUGCCAACAAGAAGAGCCCAGAGCCUCGCGUCGUCUACAUAAAAAAGUCCCAGAUGGAGCUCGGGGUGCACCUCUGUGGUGGGAACCUGCAUGGGGUGUUUGUGGCUGAGGUGGAGGACGACAGCCCUGCCCGGGGCCCUGAUGGCCUCGUGCCAGGGGACCUCAUCCUGGAGUAUGGCACGCUGGAUGUCCGGAACAAGACAGUGGAGGAGGUAUACAUGGAGAUGCUGAAGGCCAAGGACAGCGUCCGCCUGAAGGUGCAGUACCGCCCCGAGGAGCUCAGCAGGGUCAAGGGGCUGCCCGGGGACGGCUUCUACAUCAGAGCGCUGUAUGACCGGCUGGCAGAGGUGGAGCAGGAGCUGAGCUUUAAGAAGGAUGACAUCCUCUACGUUGAUGAUACCCUGCCCCAGGGCAUGAUUGGCUGCUGGAUGGCCUGGCAGCUGGACGAGAACGCCCAGAAGAUUCAGCGGGGGCAGAUUCCCAGCAAAUAUGUGAUGGACCAAGAAUUCUCCAGGAGGCUCAGCAUGUCCGAGGUCAAAGAUGACAGCAGCGCCUCCAAGACGCUGUCGGCAGCUGCCCGCAGGUCUUUCUUCCGCAGGAAACACAAGCACAAACGCAGAGGGUCCAAAGAUGGGAAAGACCUUCUGGCCUUGGACACCUUCUCCAGUGAUGCCAUUCCUCUCUUUGAAGAUCCAGUGAGCCUCGCCUACCAGCGGGUGCAGAAAGUGGACUGCACUGCUCUGCGACCGGUGCUGAUUUUGGGGCCCUUAUUGGAUGUGGUGAAGGAGAUGUUGGUGAACGAGGCUCCGGGAAAGUUCUGCAGAUGCCCGCUUGAGGUGAUGAAGGCCUCACAGCAGGCCAUUGAGCGUGGUGUCAAGGACUGCCUCUUUGUUGACUACAAGCGGAGGAGUGGCCAUUUUGAUGUCACCACGGUGGCUUCCAUCAAGGAGAUCACAGAAAAGAACCGGCACUGCCUCCUGGACAUUGCACCCCAUGCCAUCGAGCGGCUCCAUAACAUGCACAUCUACCCCAUUGUCCUCUUUAUCCACUACAAGAGCGCCAAGCAGAUCAAGGAGCAGAGAGACCCCAUCUACCUUCGUGACAAGGUGACCCAGAGGCAUUCCAAAGAACAGUUUGAGACGGCUCAGAAGAUUGAGCAGGAGUACAGCAGAUACUUCACAGGGGUCAUCCAGGGAGGAGCCCUGUCGAGCAUUUUCACUCAGAUCCUGACCAAGGUCACUCAAGAACAGAAUAAAGUCCUGUGGAUCCCGGCCUGCCCUCUCUAG